AAGGAAUAAUGUGUUAGAAACUCACUCCUAGUUUGGUCUCUGCUUUCUUCCUUGUUCGCUCAAGAUCUAACGUAUCUUUGUGUCCAACGUCUGCCCAAAGCCACUGAACAAAGACCAAUACCUUCAUCGCUGUUUCACGAGACGGUGAUCUCAAAAAUGCCGAAUUCAUAUCUGAAAGUUCGAAAGGAAACUUUGGCCAAAAUGUUCUGGAGAAUGAUUUUUCUUGCACUAAUGGUUGCUGGUAUGACCAUUCCGACUUCAGUACAAGAUGGGCAUUGCUCCCACCCUAAUGAUGCACUCGCGCCCUCAGAGCUGAACUGCUCGGACUGUCAGCAACAUCGUGAUAAAAUGCGUCAGUACUGGCAUAGGAUGGAAUGCGACAAUAAGACACCUAAGUCUAUUGACAAAACCUGCUGCAGCUCUUGGUGUAGGCAGUUGGCCUCUUUGUUCAGUCAGACGUCUUCCUGGAGAGAUCACUGUUUUAAAAUGUGGGGGUGCAGAAAAAAUGAAAAAACUCGCAUGCAGUUAUCUAUUAUAUUGACAAAUACAACAGACUCGUCGUAUUUGGGCAGAAUCCAAGUGAAAAAGUGCUGGAAACUGAAUUUUCCUGCCAUUAAGCUGACACCAUUGAGCGAGUCCCCAGGCAAGAAACUUGUCGACACCAUCCUAAAAGAAGUGACAAACUCUCCUGGAAAUAAAGUAACUAAAAAAAAUAUGGAACGCACUUUCCUAACUGUUACUGAUUUGGAGGAAGUCAUCGGAAAUUAUGCUCAAAAUCGCCUUAAUCAAACCGUACCUGAGAUUGACAUCCGUGGUGAACAUGCAGAUAUAUUGGUCAGGAAGAUUUUCCACGAAAAUGAGACUGGAGUUCAAUUUGAGGAUGAUAAAGGAGAAAACUACGUCAGCCUUCCUGUUACAGGCUUCGAUAAAGGUUGGAGAGCUAUAUUUUUCACUUUUUUAGAUAAUGAUAUAUCUUUUCGUCGUAUUAUUCAAAUUAUUUUAGCGAUUGUUAGUGUUCUUGGUCAAAGGGGGGCUGGGUUUCAAGUACUAAAGAAAAUUCUAGCUGAAUGGCUGAGAUCAGUUGUACUUUGUGUCAUUUACAAAGAUCUCCAUAAAGUAUUCCUAGCAGGCCAGACCGACUCUGUUCCUGUCGAUAAAAUCAGUUGGUCAGGACAAGGGUGCCUCCUAACAUCGAGGAACGAAUCUUACACUGAGUGCAGCUGCAAUCAUUUGACUCACUUUGCAGUUCUUAUGCAGUUUGACAAGGGAACUAGCAGUAAAGUUUUACCCGAGACUGACGAAAAAGCGCUGAAAAUUCUCACGUAUGUGGGCUCGUCUUUUUCUCUGGUUGGAAUCACUUUAACAAUCAUCAGUUAUGCUGUUCUUACAGACAUGAGGGGACCCUUAUCUCAGAUUCGAGUGAGUCUAGUCGCUUCACUUGGAGCAGGUCAAAUGAUCUUCCUAACCGGAAGUGGUGCUGUUGAGAACAAGUCUGCCUGUGUUACAGUAGCAGCUUUUGUGCAAUAUUUCCUAAUGGCCGCUUUCUGCUGGAUGUUGAUCGAGGGAGUUUAUCUCUACCUGUUUGUUGUAAAAGUUUACAAUAUCAGCGACAAGAUGAAGGUUUCUCAUGGAUUUUCAUGGGGUCUACCCGCUCUCGUCGUUUCCACAUCGCUGAGCAUUGCAGCAGGAACCGGGCCAGGGAUUAAAAGCUAUGUCAGUGAGAAAUUCUGCUGGAUGUCAUCCACUAACGGCAUGAUCUGGAUAUUUGUUGUAUUCGUUGUGCUGAUUGAGUUGUUAAACACAUUGAUACUGGUGCGAGUUAUCAAGGAGAUGAUGAUCAUGCAGCAUGCAAAAGACAAAAACAGAGAACAAAUAAGGCUUGGUGUCAGGGCAUGCGUGGUGAUGAUUCCUUUGCUUGGGAUCACGUGGCUAUUUGGUCUUCUGUCGCCCCUGCAUAAAGCGUUUGCAUACAUUUUCACAAUUUUCAACUCCACUCAGGGCUUCUUGAUAUUUCUCCUUCACUGCGUGAGAAACUCAGAGAUUAGAUCUCGCUUCAAGAGAAGGAUCAUUCGUGUCACCCCAACUGCAGUUGAAGUAACAAGCAUAAAGCGAGCUUCUCAAGUACAUGAAACCUCCAUGGUGAUAUUGCCAAGGAAAAUUAAUGUCCAGCCUCGCAAUAACCAUGAAAGUGGCACUGAAAUCUUUGAGAUCUGAGUCGUCAUCGAAUUGUUGCUUCUUAGCUUAGAACUAUGUAUAUCCUAAAUUAAGUUCGUUAAAAAAAAAAAAAAAAUUAGAACACGCACAAAUAACCCUCGUA